AUGUUUCUACUCACGUUUUCGCGCUGGUACUUGUUUCUCGCAGCGUUCGUCGUGCAAUUCUGCAUUGGCUGCAUCUACUCGUGGUCGGUGCUCAACCAUCCGAUCGAUUUAGCAGUCUACGACAAUGCUCGAAAAGGUCGCGCGGUCAACACGUUCUACAUUGCGGUUGGGGUCUUCGGUGCAGCGACGUCCACGCUGGGCCCGACGAUCGAGCGCAAGGGACCGAGAUGGGGCGUUCUCGUUGGUACAGCAUUGUUCAUGGCUGGCCACGUCGUAACAGCUAUUGGCUGCCACUACGCGUCCAUUGCGUGCAUCUACAUUGGCUACGGCGUCAUCACUGCAAUUGGGAUGGGCAUGUGCUACAUCUCACCUGUUGCGACCUUGCAGAAGUGGUUCCCAGACUAUCGUGGUACAGCUGCGGGGUUUGCUGUUGCCGGGUAUGGCGCAGGCUCUGUAGUGUGGAGCAAGGUGUACCUGCCCACCAUCGAUGCUGUUGGUCUCCCCUGGAUGUUUGUCGUGCUCGGCUCGAUCAUGAGCGUUGCCAUGUUUGCCGCAGCUUUUGCCCUCCGCGUGCCACCGCCGGACUUUACGGUUAAUGGGCUUGACAUUCACGGAAAUCACGUCGACGAGGAGAGCGGCGUGUCGGACAACAAGCUCGAUGACGUCUACACGUCCGUUGAGACCCCCAAAGCUAGUGGCCGCGCCGAGCACGAUUUCGAGACGGUCAAGACGCUGCCGGUCAAGCAGCUGCCGUUCAAGCAGGCGAUCUUGACCCCCGACUUUAUCUUCAUGUACCUCAUGUUCUUUGCCAACCAGCUCUUCGGCGUGAUCGUCUUGGCCCGACUCUCGAGCAUGUGCACGGACAUCUUUGGCAAAAGCGCCGGCAGUGCGUCCGACAUCGUGUCCAUCAACAGCGCGUUCAAUUGCUGUGGACGUCUUGUGUUUCCGGCCUUGUCGGAUUGCUUCGUGCGCGUUUUCAACGUGGAAAAGGCGUUUGCCCGCAAGAUGGUGUACUACUUCACGCUUGGUGCGCAGAUUGUCGUGCUUGGUUCGCUCCCUUGGGUCAUUCGUCAGGAUAGCUACACGGUCUUUGUGGUUGAGGUCUUCGUGCUGACAUGCAGCUACGGUGGCGGCUUUGGCACGAUCCCAGCUUUCGUGACUGAGAUGUUUGGUGCCUACAACAUUGGUCCAAUGCACGGAGUGAUUUUGACAGCGAUGGCUGUUGGUGGCGUUGCGGGUGGCCUCUCGUUCAACCACUCGUACAACAACAAGAUUGAUGGUGGCAUGAGCGUGGGCGAGGCCUAUAUCGACAACAUCCAAGUGAUCUUUGUCAUCGUCUGCAUUGGGUUUGCUAUGCUGCUCAUGGUACGCACGAAUACAACGGACCGCAUGGAGCCGGGCUACCACUACUCGCUGUGCGGCAAGCGUGUGAUUCGCAUCCCGCCGAAGCAAAAAGAUGCGAUAGAGCAGCAAGAGGCUGAAGCAGAGACUGCUGCUGCGAAGGGACUACCGGGAACUGCUGCCUAA